GUGAAUUGGGUGGAGAUUAUUUUAUUCCCACUCCAAUAGUAGAAGCAACAGGUUCUGUUUAAGCUUCUGUGUUUUAUCUGUUUUUGUGUCUAUUUAUAAAAAAAAAAAACGUGAAUUAAAAUGGCUGGCAACAAGUUCUUAACUUUCAACAAUGGCGAGAAGAUGCCCGUGAUUGGCAUUGGCACAUGGCAGGCAUCCGAUGAGGAAAUUGAAACCGCCAUCGACGCCGCCCUGGAGGCGGGAUAUCGCCAUAUAGACACGGCUCCAGUUUAUGGCAAUGAGCAAGCCAUUGGACGAGUCCUCAAGCGAUGGCUGGAUGCCGGAAAGGUGAAGCGCGAGGAAUUGUUUAUUGUGACCAAGGUGCCACCAGUUUCCAAUCGCCCUCAUGAGGUGGAGCCCACCAUCAGGAAGUCCUUGGCUGAUCUGCAGCUGGACUAUGUGGAUCUUUACUUGAUCCAUACCCCCUUUACCAUCAACAUUAAUGAGGAUGGCAGCUUCAAGCUGGACAAGGAUGGCCUGAUGGAGGUAGAUGUGACCACCAACCAUGCCGCCAUCUGGGCAGUAAUGGAAUCACUGGUGGAAAAGGGUCUGACCAAGUCCAUUGGCGUAUCGAACUUUAGUAAGGAUCAGGUGGCCCGUCUGCUGAAGAACUGCAAGAUUAGGCCGGCCAACAACCAGAUCGAGCACCAUGUCUAUCUGCAGCAACGUGAUCUGGUGGACUUCUGCAAGUCCGAGAAUGUGACAGUCACCGCCUACUCCCCGCUGGGCUCCAAGGGUAUUGCCAAGUUCAAUGCCGGUGCCGGUAUUGUCAGGGAUAUUCCCGACCUGAUGGACAUACCGGAGGUCAAGGAAAUAGCCGCCGCUCAUAAGAAGACACCAGCCCAGGUGCUAAUCCGCUGGAUCAUCGACACCGGUGUGUCGGCCAUUCCCAAAAGCACGAACCCCGCUCGCCUCAAGCAGAAUCUGGAUGUCUUUGAUUUCGAACUGACCGCAGAGGAGGUGGCCAAGUUGUCCAGCCUGGAUAAGAAUAUACGCGUCUGUGACUUUGCCUUCUUCCACGGCGUGGAGAGGCAUCCGGAGUUCACCUUUAAGAACCAAUAUACCAACUAAACAGACAUUCGAAUAUUUCGUGCUUAUACUCAUUUUUACAACCAGAAUAUGGAAGAACAUUUGUUCGAAUAAGUAUUUAAUAUACUUAAAUUAUAUUGUUAUUUUGCACUACAAAUACACUGCAUUUCUUAUGCUCUUUUGCCACUCUAUAAAGGUAUAAAAAUUCAA